AUGGCUUCUGCUUCUAUCGUAGGGAGUACCGGUCUGGUCGGCUCCCACAUCCUCUCCACUCUCCUCUCCCACCCCUCCAUCUCCAGCGUGCACUCCCUGUCCCGACGCGAUCCCAAACCCAGCAGCAGCUCUCCCAAACUGCACCCGCUCACCUCGACCGACACAUCAACAUGGUCUUCCCUGCUCUCCUCCAUCUCUCCCUCUCCUCUCCUAUUCUUUUCCGCGCUGGGAACCACGAAAGCCCAAGCGGGUAGUAUCGACGCGCAGCGCAAAAUCGACUAUGAUUUAAAUCUCGAGCUCGCAACGACUUUUUCGCAGAUGGGUAGUGAGAGCACGACUGAAACCCAAGAAAAUGAAGAGAAAACAAAUAGCAAAAUAUACAUCCUCAUCUCCACCCACGGCGCCAACCCCGGCUCUAUGAUCCCCUACUCCAAAAUGAAAGGCGAGCUGGACGACGCGGUGAAGGCUUUACUGGAGAAGAAGGAAAAUAGCAUCAAACAUGUUAUUAUCCUGCGACCGGGAUUGAUCGUCGGCGAGAGGGAGGAUUCGCGCCCGACGGAGUUUGUGGCGCGGAAGGUGGCGGGCUGGAUGGGUUGGGUGAAUCCUGGACUGCAGGAUUUUUGGGCACAGGAUGCGAGGGUUAUCGGGAGGGCGGCCGUGGAGGCGGGGGUUAGGGCGAUGAGGGGGAGGGAUGGCGUGGAUGGGAAGGAGGGGGUGGAGAUUCCGAGGGUGUGGGAGUUGGGGCAGAGGGAUAUUGUUAGGUUGGGGAGGGGGGAGUGGAAAGGGGAGUGA